AAUAACGUUCGCUGCAACACGAUGUUUGUUUACUUCGUUUUAUCUGCGUUUAAAAAUAAAUUCAGAGGAAAGGAAAGUUGUUCAAGAGUAAAAGAGAUGGAAAUGGAAUACGUGCAAGCAGACAAAUAGACUUGCUACCGCACAAACUCGAAACGGCUGAGCGUUGUUUACAAGGUUCAUUUCAUGGUGGAUAGAGGGUCUAUUUUGUUGCGCAAAAAAACUCAGGUAUUUGAUACGUUGGUGCUGCUGAAUUGUUUACAAUAAUUUGGUGGAAAGAAAACUGAAAGAUUGUUGGACUGAGCACUUGUGUUUUGUACGUAACGAACGUUAUUGCAUCGUGAAAAUCGGCUGUUUUCGUUGUUAGUGUUUUCAUUCAGCUGAGCAAAAUGGCUCAUAAACAGAACGAAGUUGAGUUUGAUGUGGACGUCGAAGACGACAAUGAAACCGACAUCGAUAAAGAAGUUAAAAAGGAAUUGGAAACUAAAUCCGUUACGGCAGUCAGUGAUGUCCAGUCCAAACAUAAGUCUAAAAAAAUGUUUGGCAAACAAGUUAUGGUUACAGGACAUAUUCACUCUCCGAGGUUGUGGAAAAAUAGUAGACGUUCGAGGAAUGGAUAUGGAAGAGGCCUGCCUAAGAAGAAGGGCGCAGGAGGAAAAGGAGUCUGGGGUGUUCCUGGUUCAGAAUUACUGGAAGCUGAUGAAGAUGUGAAUGAUCCAAACUAUGACAAUGAAAACAUGAACAACGGUGCAUACCUACAUGCUGUAAUACCUGAUGAACCCAAUAUAGAACUCAAGAAAUUACUGGAACCAUUCAUUCUAGAAUAUUUUGAGCAUGGAAAGACUUGUGAAGUAGCUCAAGCAGUUGAAAGGUACAUUCCUUUGAGUAGAAGGAAUGUUAUUGUCGAACAGUCAAUAGAAAUAGCAAUGGAUCAUAAAGCAUCUCAUAGAGAACUGACAUCAAUUUUGAUUGCUGAUUUAUUCAGUGAUUGUAUUACUGUUCCAGACAUAACCAAGGCUUUUGAAAACAUUCUUGCUGAUAUAGAUGAUCUUGUACUAGACAUUCCUGAUGCUCCAACAUUGAUUGGUAAUUUCAUAGCGAGAGCAAUUGCUGAUGAAUGUAUUCCUCCCAAGUUUAUAGAUCAGACAAAGAAGAAAAGUGAUGGUGAGAAAUUCCUAACUGCAUUAGACCAUGCAAAAGUUCUUAUCAAUAUGGACCAUGGCUUAAGCAGACUGCACAAUGUAUGGGGAUUUGGUGGAGCGCUAAGACCUGUCAAAUCCAUAACUAAACGAAUGAUACUAGAUCUGCAAGAAUUUGUUUAUUCUAGGGAUAUUGAAGAAGCUUCCCGUUGUCUGAAACAACUGGAGGUUCCACAUUUCCAUCAUGAAUUUGUGUAUGAAGCUAUAAUUAUGGCCUUAGAAGCUAAUAAAGAAGACACAGAGGAAGCCCUUUGUAAUCUAUUGCGUUCCUUUGCUCGAGAGGUUCUGAUUACUACAGAUCAGAUGGAGAGAGGUUUUUUGCGUGUGUACGAUGACCUUUCUGAUAUAGAAACAGAUGUUCCUCGUGCCUAUUUUAUUUUAGAACGAUUUGUUGGUCGUUGCCGCAAAGCAGGAUUUCUCAAUGAAAAUAUUAUUCAAAAUAUGCCUUCUAGAGGGCGUAAACGAUAUGUCUCCGAAGGAGAUCAAUUCAUUAAGGAAAAUAAGAAGGACAAAGAAGAUGAAGAAAAAGACAAAGAAGACAAAGAAAAAUCAAAAUUAAAGGCAAUUCUUAGCUUGAAAGGAAAGUAAUUGUCUAUUUAUGCUUGUUAUUUUUGGAAUAUUCGUACUAGGUGAUUUUUGAGUUUGAAUUAAUUUAAGGAUUAUAGGAUUAACAGCAAAUUCAUUUCAAACAGUAGAACUGUCUAUUUAAAAAAAAUUACUAACCGCCACAAACUCAACAUAAAUAUUGAUUUUGUCUACUCUGAUAUUAUAUGUACUAUUUUAUUUGAAGUUAUGUUACUCAAAAAUCACCCUUUAUUCUUGACAUUUUGCAACUAUAUUUUUUUCACAAUAGCACCAAGUGCUGUAGGUACACAUUCAAAUGUUACUUUUAUUUGUAUUUGUUCAUCUAUGAAAUAAAUAUUAUUUCAAGUUAAAA